CGGCUCAGGGUUUCUGCCGACCCGGCAGCUUCUAAUUUGGGUGGCCCGAGACCACCGUGGUGCCUGCAGCGCCCCCGCCCUUGAGGCGCGAUGACGGAGUAUAAGCUGGUGGUGGUGGGGGCCGGGGGCGUGGGCAAGAGCGCCCUGACCAUCCAGCUCAUCCAGAACCACUUCGUGGACGAAUACGACCCUACCAUCGAGGACUCGUACCGGAAGCAGGUGGUGAUCGACGGGGAGACGUGCCUGUUGGACAUCCUGGACACGGCGGGCCAGGAGGAGUACAGCGCCAUGCGGGACCAGUACAUGCGCACGGGCGAGGGCUUCCUCUGCGUGUUUGCCAUCAACAACACCAAGUCCUUCGAGGACAUCCACCAGUACAGGGAGCAGAUCAAGCGGGUGAAGGACGCGGACGACGUGCCCAUGGUGCUGGUGGGGAACAAGAGCGACCUGGCCGCGCGCACCGUGGAGGCCCAGCAGGCGCAGGACCUGGCCCGCAGCUACGGCAUCCCCUACGUCGAGACCUCGGCCAAGACGCGCCAGGGUGUGGAGGACGCCUUCUACACGUUGGUGCGGGAGAUCCGCCAGCACAAGGCGCGCAAGCUGAGCCCGCCGGAUGAGGGUGGUCCGGGCUGUGGCAGCUGCAAGUGCCUGCUGUCCUGAUGGCAUCCACGUCGCGUCCACGCUGCCGCCUCCGGCCCCCAGCUGCCCGCCUGGCCCUGGAUGGCGGGACGGAGAGAGGAGGGAAGGGCUGGCGGGGCCCAGUGGGGCCAGAGGACAGAGGCGACCACGCCCCCUGCGGACGCUUUGCACAGACUGGCGUGGACUGACCGGUGGCCCACCCUGCCCCUGCCCGCCCUGCCCGCCGGGCACUGGCUGAGCCGCAGUAAAUUAUUAGAUGGCCUCGUCAUGGCGCCGGCCAGGCCGGG